UCCCUUCAAUAAACUUCAAACGGAAAUAAAUUUAUAUGUAUAUAAAUCUGUAGUUGAUGUUCUUUUGUGUGAAAUGUUUAAAGGCGAACUUUUUGGCUAUUUGACCAUUCUUUAUCUAAUUAUCUUAGCAACGCGAGACAGCAUAGAUGCGGCCCCAAUACACAGAGGGCACAAACGAAAAAAUGAAAUCAAACCGGAAAUAGCUUCAAGGGCCGUCUUCUUGGAUCUAAUGCCCGAGUUAGAUAAGCCAAUAACAAAUGUAAUGGAAUAUUUGACAACCCACGGACAGCUCUCAAAAAGGAAAAAAAAGCAACGGCUGCAUUUAGCUUCCCAAAGAAGGCGGACAAAUAAAAAUAAACAGACAAUCAAAACCAAGUCCAAUGAAAAUUUGAAUCCUAAUAAUCCAAACGAAAAUAAUAGCGAAAAUUUCGAGAUAACCUUAGCCACACCAGGCGCUCUGGAACCAAGGGACUUUAUAAAUCACAGAAUGAAAAUGAAUUCAUAUAUGAGAGUCUGGGGCCGAUACAAUCCGCAGGUAUUUGGAUUUAACGAUCACAUUUCGUUCUAAGUGUUCAAUAAACUUAAGAUGUGCUGUUCAAGUGGACGAGCUGGACAAAGUCAACAAAUCGUUAAACUGAUUAUUUAAUGACUGAGCCAUAAAUUCGAUUGAAUGAGUCAUUGGCUAUUUAAGUGAAUGUGAAUAUUAUAUACAUAAAUAGCGACAAAGUAAUACCCUUUUAGAACUUUCCCCUUUGCAGAUCUGUGAGAAAAGUAAAGCUUGUAAAUGCUUUGUUUGAUGAAAAUACCUUGGAAAAUAGUAUAUUUUGCCAUGAAACUACCAUCUAAUUUUCGAUCGAUUAUUCCAAUGACAGCUAUGACAUUGUAGUUCGAACCGGCCGGCUCCGAUAUCUGUACUCCCUGUAAUAGAAAGAAGGACCUGUGCAAAGAAACAGGCUGGCGAACCGACGGAUAAACGGAAUGACUAAAUCGACGCGGCUGUCGAUGCUGAUCCUGAAUAUAUAUUUCUUAGAGACUUCCUUUAAUGCGAAAAUAAAUUGGAUUUUUUAUUCAAUCAUUCAUUUUAUUUAUUAA